AUGGUUCAUCUUGCUGCUGUUAAGAAGGACGACGAGGUGGUUGACCACCUCGCUCGCCAGGUCGAGUCCAUUGGUGGCCCUCCGGACGAGAAUGAUUACUACACCAACGUCUACGGAAGCCAUUUCGCUGCGGACCACAUGCCCCAACAUGAGAUGCCCGAACGCGAGAUGCCUCGCCAGGUGGCCGCUCGUCUGAUUAAGGACGAGCUGAGCCUGGAUGGAAAUCCCAAGCUCAACCUGGCCAGUUUCGUUACAACCUACAUGGAGGAGGAAAUCGAGCAGAUCAUGACCGAUUCUUUCAGCAAGAACUUCAUUGACUAUGAGGAAUACCCCCCACUCCGCCGAGAUCCAGAACCGCUGCGUGAACAUGAUCGCCCGCCUCUUCAACUGCCCCACCGAUCCCAACGCGGAAAAUGCCAUGGGUACUUCCACCAUUGGUUCCUCGGAGGCCAUCAUGCUUGGUACCUUGGCCAUGAAGAAGCGCUGGCAAAACAAGCUGCGGUGCAGGUCUGUUGGGAGAAGGCCGCGCGCUACUUCGACAUUGAAGAGCGCUACGUCUACUGCACGGACAGCCGCUAUGUUAUUGACCCCAAGCAGGCUGUCGACUUGAUAGACGAGAAUACUAUUGGUAUCUGUGCCAUUAUCGGAACCACCUACACUGGUGAAUACGAAGAUGUCAAGGGUAUCAAUGACCUUCUGGUCGAGCGUAACAUUGACUGCCCCAUCCACGUCGAUGCUGCUAGUGGUGGAUUCGUCGCUCCUUUCACAGUCCCUGAUCUUGAGUGGGACUUCCGUCUCGAGAAGGUCGUCUCGAUCAAUGUCUCCGGUCACAAGUACGGGCUAGUGUACCCCGGUGUCGGCUGGGUGAUCUGGCGCUCACCCGAGUACCUACCUCAGGAGCUGGUCUUCAAUAUCAACUAUCUUGGGGCCGACCAGGCCAGUUUCACCCUGAACUUCUCCAAGGGUGCUGCUCAUGUCAUUGGUCAGUACUACCAGCUGAUCCGUCUGGGCAAGCACGGCUACCGAUCAAUCAUGGUCAACUUGACCCGCAUUGCCGACUACUUGACCCAGGAGCUGGAGAAACUGGGUAUGAUUAUUAUGAGCCAGUCCAAAGGAAAGGGUCUGCCUCUGGUUGCCUUCCGCCUGCCCCCGAACAACAACCGCGUCUUCGAUGAAUUUGCUGUGGCUCACCAGCUGCGCGAGCGUGGUUGGGUUGUCCCCGCCUACACUAUGGCCCCUCACAGCGAGAAGCUUCAGCUCAUGCGCAUCGUCAUCCGGGAGGACUUCAGCAUGAACCGUUGUGACAGCCUGCUCACUGAUAUCAAGCUGGCUCUGCAGACCCUGGAAUCUAUGGACGAGGGCAUGAUUGCCAAGUACAAGGCACACAUCCAAAGCCAUCGGGCCCACCCCCGCAACAAGCGCACUCACCACGCCUACCACGGUGAGAAGCACUCGUUGCAGGGAAAGACCGGCAAGACGCAUGGUGUCUGCUAG